ACUGCCUCUCCUUCCUUCAUCCUGAUCUGGACGUAUUUUAGAAAAUCUUCAGAUUUCGAGUCCGCAAGGUCAGAGCAAGGGCGGGAUUUUUGUAGUCAUAUAUAGAAAUAGAUAUGGCGCUCGUCGUGAUCUGUGGUCAGCCCUGCAGCGGCAAAUCGACGGCCGCGAAUUGCCUCACCCAAGCUCUCCAAGCCCUAGAACUCAAACCAACGGUCAGGGUUGUCGACGAGUCUUCCCUUCAUCUGGGCCGCAAUCAAAGCUACGCUGAUAUGACUGCGGAGAAGAACCUAAGGGGGGUGCUCAGAUCUGCAGUUGAUAGAUCCUUAUCGAAAGACAAUAUUAUCAUUGUGGACUCUUUGAACAACAUCAAGGGUUAUAGAUACGAGUUGUGGUGCCUUGCUCGAGCUGCCGGAAUAAGAUAUUGUGUGCUAUAUUGUGAUACAGAAGAAAACCAUUGUAGAAAAUGGAACGAGGAACGUGGGGAAAAGGGCGAGACUACAUAUGAUGAUAAGAUAUUUGAAGAUUUAGCACGGAGAUUUGAGAAGCCAGAUAGGCGCAACCGAUGGGAUUCUCCACUCUUUGAAUUAUGGCCAUCCAAAGACAGAGUAAACCAAUCAUCUACGGCUAUUGCUGAGGCUGUAUCCUAUUUGACAAGAAAAGUGGAUUCAAAAUCAGGGGAUGUUAGAGUGCUCCAGCCUACCAUUGCUACUCAGAAUGUACGGAUGUCAGAGGCCAAUUCACUAUAUGAGAUGGAUCGUGCAACACAGGAGGUGAUCAAUGCCAUUGUAGAAGCCCAAUCUCAGGGGCUUGGGGGCCCUGUGAACAGGGUUUCUCUCUGCCAGCAAUUGCCAACCAUCAACAUUCAGAGACAAGUAGGGCUGCCUGAGCUUCGGAGCCUGCGACGCACAUUCAUAAAAUUGACAGGGCAAUCUAGCUUGAGUGGGCCACCCCCUCCCUCAGAUGCUGACAGCGCAAAGAGGAUGUUUGUAGACUACUUAAAUAGGGAAAUCGGAACAUCGUAAAUCCAGCCCUCUUCUAAACUAGUGCUCCUUUUUUCCCGUUACGGAGUUCUCAGAAAUUGAUUGUACUAUAUUCUGUACUAUAAGGAAUUUUUAGGCUUACAUGGAAAAUAUCGUAUAUAUGUAGUGUGAGAUUCAUGCAUUUCAAAUUAGAGAGGUUGUUCUUGACUUUCCCAAUUAAAAGAAAGAGAAUGUUUGGAAUGCC